CGGGCCUGGCCCACCCUGACCGCAAGGGCGCGCGCAUGGCGCUGGCCGUCAGGGGCAGGGAGGGGCCGGAGGGGGCGGCGAGCUUCGGCAUUACCUGCGUGUGGCCUCUGCGUCCAUUCCUGGCACAGUAACACUGUGAACCACAGGCUUACUGUCUGGAGCUGGGACUGCGAACGCUUUGAACGUCUCUCACUACAGGGAGACCUCCCCUCAAAGCACGCAACUAUGAUUGCGAAACUCUUCCUAAACGUGGUCAAAGCGUGCGAUCCUGCCUGAGAGAACAAAACUGCCAGGAAAGUUCAACAUUAGGAUAGGGGACAGGGGCGAGGGGCUGAGGGCCCAGGCUGGGCAAGAAUGUGGAAAAGGAUAUUAAGAAAAACCUUCUAGCUUCCCCCCAGCGGCCCAUUUCCGCCAGAGACCCAUGAGUGCGCCUGCGCCGCAGUGCCCUGGUUUUCCGCGCCACCGCUGCGCUUACCCGCUGCACUUUAGUUCCGGCCCGCAAGUGGUCCGCCCUCGCUCUAGAGGGAACUUCAGACCGGCUGCCAAGGGCGUGUGCACCUCCCGCGCUCCAUCAUGCCCGGGGGCGUGCCCUGGCCCGCCUACCUGAAAAUGUUCGCUGCCAGCCUCCUGGCCAUGUGCGCCGGGGCCCAAGUGGUGCACUGGUACUACCGGCCUGACCUGACAAUACCUGAAAUUCCACCAAAGCCUGGAGAACUCAAAACGGAACUUUUGGGUCUGAAGGAGCGGCACCAUGAACCUCAAGUUUCACAGCAAUAGAAACUUCAAAAUAAAACUGUGCCAAGAAUUCUGUGAAUAAGUUUUAAAUGUGUAUAUUUUUACAUUUAUUGAGUCAAACACUUAUUUAGGCACCUAAUCUAAAGGUAACUGCAGGCAAGUGUGAGGUUGAGAUGAAUAGAUAAUUGUGAGCUUGUAUUGUGGUUUAAUCAAACUCUCUUUUGUUUUGUGACAAGGUCUUGCUGUAUAGUGCAGGCUGGCCUCAAACUCAAGGCAGUCCUUCUGCAUCAACCUUCCAGUUGCUGGGAUUACAAGUGUAAACUACCGUGCUUGGUUCAGUAUCUUAUAAAAACUGCCUAAAUGAGUUUCAUCAACUUCCAGCAUUUGAUUGGGAAUAUACUUCAUCUUCAAUAUCAUGUGAAACUGAGUAUUUGCAAUGCCUCCUGCCAUUAUAAUUCUUGUUUCUCAGAAUAAGCUUGAUUAUGAUGUCACAUUAUAAAUUAUAUAUAAUAAAAAUGAGGAUGAUACCGCUUAUGGGCUCUCAGUUAACAUUUCUCUAAACACUGCAAAGUACUGCUUAUACUUAAAGUAUUUUGUAUAAAAUCAAAAUAAAAUUUGAAGAAUUUCAUUUGUGACUUGGUCUGUCACAAGGUCCUUAACCCCCAAAUUUGAGAAACCAAAUUAAAACUGGCAUUUAAUUUUUCUUAUACAUGUAAAAAUGACUUAAAAAUGUAAAUGAAUAUUAUAUGGGUUGAACUGUGUCCCUAAAAAGAUGUUGACACCCUAACCCUCAGUGCCCAUGAAUGUAUUUAGGAUGAGGCCACAGGGCAGGCCUAAUCCUUGUGACUAUUGUCUUUAUAGGAAGGGAUGCCAUGGAAGGACAGACACAGGGAGGAUGUGUGAAGACACAGGCAGGAAUUGGAGUGAUGGAGAUAUGAGCCAAGAACACCAAGGAUUGAGGCCCCCACCUGAAGCCUGGAAGAGGAAAGGGAAACAGCAAGGCUUCACUCACGUUGGACUUCAGAUUCUAGUCGCCAAAACCAGAGAAGGUGUAUUUGUCUUUAGACCACCUACUUUCCUACAGCAGCUGUAAGAAAUGAACUUGUUUCUAGAUUUCUCUGUAUAAAUAAAGAACAAAAUUAAUUUAUAGAA